UUCACCACACGCGCCCGCACAUCCUCUUCUCCCCUCGCCACGCCUCGCUCCGCCGCGACCCAAACCAAACCAAACCCUAGGGCAGCAGCCGGAGGCGAUACCCCCACCAAAUCUACAACCUUUCUUCUUCCCCCGCGCAGAUUCCCCUGAUAAUCUAGCCUCCCCUCCCCCUCCCCCUCCCCCUCAUCCCUCUCCCGGCGGUGCCAUCCCCUCUCCUAUUUUUUCCGAGAUUUUACUUUGGAAUUUCUUUGGUGUUUUUCUUUCUUUGUUUGUUUCAGGACCGAGCCGUCCCGGAGGAAUUGCGCGGCUGGGCUAGGGUUUUGGCGUCUCCGUGAAGGCUGUUCCGUUCCGUGUUGCGGCGCGUGGUUGUCAGUUACCAUGUCGUCGUUCCCUGUGCUGAAGAACAAACCUAUUGAUCAAUGGAAAGUUACCGAGUUGAAGGAUGAACUCAAAAAGAGGAAGCUCCCUGUCAAAGGUCUCAAGGAAGAACUGGUCAGGCGGCUCUUUGAAUCUAUUCAGAGUGAGGAGGCAUCGGACGAGUCUGCUGAAGACGUCGGAGCCGAUGAGGCAGUUGAUGAAGGGCCUAAAGACGUGGAAGCCAAUGCACCAGCUGAUAAGGACGUGAAAAUGGAUGAGCCAGUUGACCAGGCACCUGAAGAACACACUGCUAGUCAGAAAACCACUGUUCAUCAGGAACCUGUGGUUGAUGAAACUCAGGAAAUUACACUUCCUCCCCCAGCCCCAGAAGUUACCCAGGAAGUCAUGGCUUCGUCUGUGGAAGACUCCUCCAAGGAUAAUCUGGUGGCACCCCAUGAUCAAAAGGGAGAUGACCCAGAAUCAGUUGCUGGAGAAAAUUCUGCAAUGCAAGAAGAGCACCCAGAUACUGUGCUUGCUGCUGAGAAGACUCCUGAGGUUGCUACCAAUGAGACAAUUGUUGCUGCUGAUAUGACCACUGCUGAUCUCAAGUCAGGCUCUUCUGAAGUCAACUCAGAUGCCACUGAAGCCAGCAAAGCUGUACCAGCGCCGGGGGAUGCCCAAAUACCAGAUGCUGAUCCUAUGGAUACUGAUGUUGCAGCUGCAUCAGUGAACAAUGAUGUAGAUCUGGGCAACAACAACACUACAGCCAGUAAUGAACAAUGCAAAGAUUUUGAGCUCAUGAAUGAGGAUAGCAAGCCCAUCGUUUCUGAAUCAAAUAAUCAGGUACCUGAGAUUAGCCCAGAUUUAGGGUCUCCACUUAAGUGUGAGUCAAUUUCUAGAGAUGAUAUAUCACAUAACAAAAAGAAUAUAAAGGAUAACUUGAAUGCUAAUAAUUUUGAUUUAGAACUAGAGGUUAAGCCAGAGAUGGUCAAGCCAUCAUCCGGCAUUACUUUAGGUGGGGAUUUGCAGCCACUGGAUGAUGACAAAGAGCUGGUCAAGAACCAGUUGUCUUUGGAAGACAUAGAUUCCACGGCUAAUGUGGAUGAAGUUGGGUCUCCAGAGAAGUUAAAUUUAGACAGGAGUUCAGGUGACGAGUCAAUGGAGGAGGAUGUUGUGGAGAUUAAGCAAGUUGAGUCCAAUGUUAAAUCUGAUGAUCUCAGAGGAAAGACUGAGCUUAACUCCUCAGAACAUGUGAAAGAGGUGACCCUCACUGAUUCUGUUGUUGACGGUUCCUCUGUUGAUACAAAGGAAGUUAUAGCUGAAGAAAAGCCAUCAGCUUCAACUGAAAAGAGGAAACUUCAAGCUGAAGAACCUGUUGCAAACGCUGAGCCAAUCAAACGCCAACGUCGAUGGGCUGCAGACAGUGGAAAAGUCCCAGAAAGACAACCAUUGAGUCAAAGCGCUUCUGAUACUCCUAAGGAUAUUUUUCAGCCUGCUUUAAGACGUUCUUUUGGCAGGUCUGAUUCAACAGCAAGUGCAGAUUCUCCGAAGGAGCGGAUUGUGCCACCAUCUCAGAAACCUGCAACAACUUCCUUGAGAAUUGACCGGUUUGUGCGGCCAUUUACCCUGAGAGCUGUGCAAGAACUUCUUGGUAAAACUGGAUCUGUUUGUAGCUUUUGGAUGGAUCAUAUCAAGACCCACUGCUAUGUUACAUUUUCGUCUGUGGAGGAAGCUACGGCUACUCGGGAUGCUGUCUACAACCUGCAGUGGCCUCUGAACAAUGGCAAUCAUUUGUUAGCUGAAUUUGUUGAUCCCCAGGAAGUGAAACUCAAGCUUGAACCUCCUCCCCCAGCAGCAGCAGCAACAACAGUGGCUGCACCGGUGGUUCCUGUUAGCCCAGCUACUACACCAAGGGAGCCUCCUUCUCAACAAGCUCAGGCUAAUCAGAAUGCGCCUCGCCAAGCUGCUACACCAAGGGAGCAGAUGCCGCCUCCACCACCUCUCAUGAAGCCUCCUACACCCAAUCCAGGAUCUGCAAGGGACAAGCUCCCGCCCACUCCAAAGAAGCCAGAACCUCCUGUUGUGACACUUGAUGAUCUCUUCAGGAAGACACAAUCCUCGCCAAGGAUUUACUAUCUGCCUUUAUCUGAAGAGGAGGUGUCAGCAAAGCUUGCUGCACAGGGCAAAGCAAAAUAGUGUGCUGUGUUUUGGCCUCAUGUUUUUCUUGCGGUAUGUAGAAGCAGCAACAUGUAUUUUCUGCAAAGACUUCUUUUUUUAAUCUCAUCUAGAUUGUAUGAUCGUCUGACUCAAAGUUGCUUUGGAGGAGCGCUGAGAUACUGGUUUUAGUUUGAACAUCAGGGAACUUUUGAUACCCUGAUCUUUGUGAAUAAACAUUCGAGAGAAUGCUUAUUCGUUUUAUGACAUUUACAUUCUUAGGGCA